UUCUCUUCACACCUCUCUGAAAUUACCUCAUUUGAAAUUCUCUCUCCCUAGAUCCCCUUUUGUCUUCUUCAAUUUUGCCCUAAUCUUCUAGGGUUUUGAGGUCUUCAAUGGCACCUCAAAAUACAAAACCAAAAGCUACAGCCGCUUUCAAAGCUAUGAGAAAACUUGGUGUACCACCUGAAACAAUUACAAAAAAUUUGAAGAAAUUACUAGAUUUGUAUGACAAAAAUUGGUCUCUUAUUGAAGAAGAUAAUUACAGGGUUUUGGCUGAUGUAAUCUUUCAAUCACAAGAAGAAGAAGAAACCCAGAAUUUAAAAGAAUUAUAUUUUGAAGCUCCAUUGUCUGUAUCACCAUCACUGGAGCCUUCAGGUGGUGGUGGCGGCGGCUAUGUGCUCGAGGAAGAUGAAGCUGAAUUUGGGUGUUUUUUACCACAAGAUGGACCUGUUAAACAGAAAGGAAAAUUGUUGGUUUCUGGUAGAUUUGGUUCAAGGGAGGAGGGAAUAUCUGGGUCAAAAAGACCAUCUGAUGAAUGGGGAAAUGCCCAAUUUAAAGUCCCAAAAUCAGUGGUCUACCCAAGUGCAUCUGCUCCAAUUAUAACUCAAGGAAAUUUGAAGACUGCAAGCAUUAAAAAUUCAUCUGCUUCUGAUGUUGUGAUCGCUUCAACAGAAGGGGGGGAGGUUAAAAUUUCAAUACACCUGCCACACUUCUGCAUGCCAAAUCUGGAUUCAGUUUUCAAGAUGGUGGAGGAAAAGUGCAUGAAGACCUACAAUAUAACAGAUCCAGACUUUUGUUUAAAGAAUCUUAUGAAAGAGUUGUGUGAAUCUUGUUUGGAAGCUGGAAAUGAGACUGCAAAAGAUGCAAAGGGCCUUGUGAAUGAGAUACUAGUCCCUGAUUCGUUCAAGAAAUCUUGUGUGGAUGUCACAUCCGACAAUAUGCUCAUUCGUUCAGGAAAUGGAAAAGUGCCAAAUACUUGGUAUAAAAAUAGUAGCGCAUUACGUUGAAAGUAGUUUUUUUCUUGUUUAGGCAGCGUACUUUAGUUAUUUCGUCUGAUAGGUACAGGAACGGUUAAGUUUUUGAGGGUAAAAAUAAUAUUGAUUUCGAGGGGACUAGAUAUGUGGGGUGAUGUGAGACACACCCAGUCCCAGAUUUUUGUAAUUGGCCAAUUGGAUGUCAAGGCUUAAGACCAUUUUGUUAUUGUGACGGUUCAAAAUGGAAAACACGGUAGAACGAUAACUGUAACAUCUUUGAUACUUGGUAGAAGAUGUGUUUGGUUCUGUUCACUGUUGUUCUUGGGAAAUUUUGAUUGACAUUCCAGUUAAU